AUGGCUCUGCCAAUGCCUGAACCCACAAACCCCUCUCUAUCGUUGACCGACUAUCAGGUUGUCUCAUUCGAUAUUUACGGCUCGCUCAUCGAAUAUAAAGCUCACAUCCUCGAGUCUUUCCAACCACUUCUCUCUCGUCUUCCACAAUCGUCACCAUACCUUGAUCCCACUCCAUUAUCAGCCACCAUCCCAGGCUCCGCCACUGUCGGCGCAAUUGAAUUUCUGAAACAUUUUCAAAUGCAAGAGGAUGCAAUCAAGCUGGAAAAGCCGGUGAGACGAUUCGAUGAGAUCUUGGCGGAGAUCUGGCGACGAAUCGCCAGGGACCUGGAAGUUGAGAGCAACGAAGCAGAGGCUCGGCAUUUCGGCAGUGAGGCUGUCAUCAAAUCGUGGCCAACCUUUCCGGGCACCCUGGACGCUCUUAAGCAGCUAGACAAGCGCUACAAACUGGUCGCGCUGUCCAACAUUGACCGCUUCGCCUGGUCACUUACGGAAUCUUCACUGGUGAGCCGUCUCGGGGAAGUCAAGUGGUGGAAGGUUUUCACUGCGGAGGAUUUCGGCGAAGACGCGAAGAGGGCAGACGAGAUCAAGCUUGAGACGGUGAUUAAAUUCGCUGAAGAAAAUGGUGUUCGGAAGGAACAAAUGUUGCAUGUUGCACAAAGUCUGGGACACGACCAGGCGCCAGCAAAGCGAUUAGGUCUCAGCAGUGUUUGGCUUGUGGGCGAUGGGCCUCGAUGGGGGAAAGACGCAGAGAGUAAGAUGGUCUUAGAAAAGAAACUGGUCGGUUAUGGGUGGCGAUUCCAGGAUUUGAAGGGGUUUGCACAAGACGUCGAGGCUGCCUUCUCGUCGCGUCAGGAGUAG